UAUUCCAAAUUAUUCACAAUAAAGACUCAGCUUUUGUAUUAUCAUUCUUGUUAUUAAAAACAAUCAGACAGAGAUUAGCAAUAUCUAUGGCGAUGGCGGAAGAAGUGGAAUUGUUUGGUGGAUGGAUGAGUCCAUUUAGCCGGAGAGUGGAGUUGGGUUUGAAACUCAAAGGCAUUGAUUAUAAAUAUCAUGAAGAAGAUUUGAAGAACAAAAGUGAUUUCCUUUUGACUUACAACCCAAUUUACAAGAAAGUCCCUGUUUUUCUUCACAACGGAAACCCCAUCUCAGAGUCACUUAUAAUUCUUGAGUACAUCGAUCAAGUUUGGAACUCACUUUAUCCUUUCUUUCCUCAACAAAAUCCCUACGAAACAGCUCAAGCAAGAUUCUGGGCUAAUUAUAUAGAUGACAAGGUUUUGGCUGCUACACUGAAGGCUGCAAAAAGCAGCAAAAGAGAAGAGAGAGAGAAGGGUUUGGAAGAAACCGAGGAGACAUUAAAACCACUUGAGAAAGAGCUUCAAAACAAGAAGUUCUUUGGAGGAAAUAAAAUUGGAAUUGUGGACAUUGUUGGAACUGUAAUUGCAUAUUGGAUCCCAGCCAUUGAAGAAGCUUUUGGAUUUGAGCUGUUAACAACAAAAAAGUUUCCAAAGUUAACCAAAUGGAGUGAAGAGAUUGUAAACAACAGUGUGGUGAAGCAGGUUUUGCCCCCAAAAUCUAACCUUGUGGCCUACUUGCAAACUGUUUUAACAACCAAAUAGAAGAUUGGUUGCUUUCUUUUGUAUCUUCAAUAGACCACCUGGCUUAUGUAGUAAAAUAAAUCUCUAACCCUUUUGGUAAGGUUGAGAAUGUACUCUUACUGAAUGUUUUACUCCUUAGGAACUAAAGGAAUCAAAAUAUUUAAAAACAAUGUUUAAUAGUAAUGAACUUGUCGAGAAGAAUUAUUUGAAGUUAAUUAGAGGAAAAGUGUAAGGUCAGCUACUUUUGUUAGCUUGAAUUUUAAUCACAGUGGUCAGCUACUUUUGUUAGCUUGAAUUUUAAUCACAGUGGUCAGCUACUUUUGUUAGCUUGAAUUUUAAUCACAGUGGUCAGCUACUUUUGUUAGCUUGAAUUUUAA